CUGCAAAAAGUAUAUAUCUGAGGGAACGGCAACUGUUGCACAUGCUGUCUGUCUUCUUCCCCGGAAACCUUUUCAUGCGACCUCCUGUUGUUACUCUGGUAUCCCCGAAGGGUUGCGCGUGUCGGUUCCUGCUACUGCUCUCGGCAAUCAAGAACACCAAUCAUAGGCGCUUGGCCCCUCUAGGGGUUCUUUCGCAGCACGCUGCCCUGGUCGCACCACGAGCCCCCGCAUCCCGGAUACCGUUCCACAGCAGCGGGCAACACCAAACGCUUCGACCGGGCACUCGCUUCCAGUCGCUUUCUCUUCCGACAGCCCAGAGCGUGCGACGACAAAAGCGGCUCAGACCCUUCUCUAGAAAUGUUCUAGAAGACCGCGACUGCAGUCGACCUGCAUGUGGACGAGACUCCACGCGGCGUGCAAGCUACAGAGGGGAAAGCCUUAUCAAGGCGAAGCACCUCUCGACCCCGCGCCCAGAAGCCGUGCAUCCGGAUACUUGGGAGCUAAUUGACGACUCCCCUUGCUGUCGCCGGCGGAUUGGAGGAGACCGGCGAGACCGCCAUGGCUCAAUAUAGGAUCGUCGCACAUGCCCUUGGGCCCAGAGAUAGGGGCGCACCGGGGCGCAACUCAGCUCCAGCUGCAUCGUUCUGC